AUGUUAAUCACGAAUGGCGUGCUCAAUAGAGAAGAUCCAUUCACUCUCCUCAGAGAAAUGGAUGUCGUCAAUGAAAGAUCUUCAGUCGUCUUUAAUCAACGAGACUUGUCGCGUGCUGAUGUAGAUGCAGUAGUAUACCUUCGACACAGGGUAGACAACUUACUUUUCAUAGUGGCCAACCUCUGUUCGGAUACCUUAGCCGAUAUAGUGCGUUCGGUUACGGUAUACAACAAUAAUCAUCUUGUUACACUAAAUUACGAGGAUUUCAUUAGCUCACAGUGUCCAAAAUCCAAGCUCAAACUUGUGAAUAGUCACGACAAUCUUGGCCACUUGGCAAAAUAUACAGCGUGUGCUGAGACAUCAAGCCAUUAUUGUCUAAUCCAAGAUGAUGACUAUAUAUUACCACCUAGCAUCAUACGCUCAAUGAGAGCACUCCGCGAUCUCGAUCCGGAGGGUGCACCAAUAACAACAUCUACGAAUGAGGGCUUCGUACAAGCGAAAUGGGAGCACUGCAUGAACGCUCCUGAUUACGGUAUACACACUUGUGGAUAUACCCUCGGAACUGGCACGUUGAUGUCAACUAAGAUUGCCCACUCGUUUGUCAACUUUAUGCAAACUCAAAUGGAGCUCUCUCAGAGUGGAAUCGCAAAUGCCGACGAAUAUUUCAGCAUCCUCGCCAACAAUAUAUCACCAAUGGUUGUCGCUGUACCAUCAAUACUCGACCUCGUACAGUACAAAUCGGACGAAGCAAAUGCAUACACUUACUAUGAAGACGCAAUACACGCUCUAUUAUACCAUCUCCCUAAACCGACUUACACACACGCAAAUGGAGUUUCAGAUAAAGCAGCAUCUCUCCUCACUUCAGUCAGGGCUAUUGGUGAUGAUGGGCUUGUUUUCUUGACCAAUAUCGAGCUGCUUCCACUGGUUGGAGCACGAGACAGCUGGAAUGGUCAAACCACAUUCAGAAGGUGGGUUGAGCUUCGAAAAAAGGAACUCGGAAAGGCGCGUACACUUGAGAGCAUCCAAAGUGGAUAUGGAUCUCUCCUCGAUAGGAACGCUUCUACGAACUUCAAAUCAUUUGGUGCUGCAAUGGCAGGUGACUACAUCGCGUUUAGGCUGCCUUAUGCAUCUGCCUUGCAUAUGGCUACAGACUCGACCAAACUCUUUGCCCAUGUCGAUACCGAAUACUCGACCGACGGGCUCAGUUGGACAACACAAGGCCAGACCCUCAAUUGUCACCCUGCAAAAAUGCAUGACAAGGAUGGCAAGAGACUCUUCGAAUGUUCAACCACACUACUUGAAGGUUAUGACUAUGUUCGAUUCAUUCUCACGAAUGACCUGGAAAACUCAAUUGAAUGGUCCAUUUACGAAGCAUGGAUGGCUUAA